CACGCCCAUUUUCGUUACGUAAUCAAGUUCAAGAUGGCGUCGGAAAUGGAAAUCGAAGGGAGUUCAUCCUCUUCACAGUCAACUGUUAUGGCUUCUGGAGGGACAGGAAGCGUGGCAGUUGCUCUUCAUCCCCUGGUUGUCAUGAAUAUUUCAGAACAUUGGACUAGAAUCCGUGCACAAGAAGGAAAACCUACCCAGGUCCUUGGGGCUUUGAUUGGUAAACAAGAAGGCAGAAACAUUGAGGUCCUAAAUUCAUUUGAGCUUCUCUUUGACACUGUGGAGGGAGAUAUCAUCAUCGACAGAGAAUACUACAACACAAAAGAAGAACAGUUCAAGCAGGUUUUCAAAGAUCUUGAGUUUCUUGGUUGGUACACCACCGGUGGAUCGCCGGAUGAAUCUGAUAUCAAAGUUCACAAACAGAUUUGUGAAAUCAACGAGAGCCCCAUCUUCUUGAAGCUGAAUCCCUUAUCGAGACAGACCGAUCUUCCAGUCCACAUGUUCGAAUCAGUGAUUGAUCUGAUCAAUGGCAUAGCAACAAUGCUGUUUGUUGAGCUUCAUUUUACCCUAGCGACAGAAGAGGCUGAGAGAAUAGGUGUUGAUCAUGUUGCCAGGGUAACCAACAGUGAAACUAUGGAAAGCUCAGUGGUUGCUGAGCACCUGAUAGCGCAACACAACGCCGUGAAGAUGCUGCACAGUCGGGUGAAGCUGAUCCUGGAUUACGUGAAAGCUGUCCAGUCUGGCGAGGUGCCCAUGAACCAUGAGAUUCUCCGGGAUGCCAACAGUCUCUGCCACAGGCUACCAGUCCUGCAUCUAGACAAGUUUGAUACAGAAUUCUACAAUCAAUGCAAUGAUGUAACUCUGAUGGCCUAUCUAGGAGCAAUUACUAAAGGCUGCAACACAAUAAAUCAGUUUGUCAACAAGUUCAACGUACUCUAUGACCGUCAAGGCAUGGGAAGAAGAAUGCGAGGACUCUUCUUAUGAGGACCCCCUUAUGUGAUACUGUGUCUUUUCUACUUCCUAAAGAUUAGCAUUUGAAGAGCAGGGGCUGGUUU